CACCUUGGAUGCAGUGAACAUGACUUUUUAUUUUCUAUGCGCAGUAGUUCGUUCAGGAUAAAGAAUAAUUAUUCCGUUAACUGAAAGUAUAGUUUUCACGUUUUACAAGACUUGCAUAUUUAUGGUUCGAUCAGGAUCUAGCGGUUCGCAAUAAAUAACACAGCGGUUAUUUAUCGUCACAGAUAAGAAUAACAAUUUCAAAUGCAAACUACUUUUCGACUCUUGAUGUUUGUUUGUUUAUCUGGCUCUCUUUGCUGUCACUUUCUUAUUAUAAAAGAACACGGCUAUUUUUAAUCAACUGGAUGACAUCAUCAUAGCAAUGCUACGAAAUUUUAGUAAUCUUAUAGAAAAAUUCUGAUCUGCGCGGUAUACCUUUUCUGUUGCAACGUGUUUGGACAGUGAACAUUACAUUACAUCGAGGCGUAACCGUCGUUUGUUUUGGAUGAAUAUAACUCAUUUGUCUUUCUCCUUCAAUUGCGUACUUUCAUACUCUUCCCCUCCUCGUUAGCUCGAUGCCUCUUCUUGCACGCUUUCCUUUAGGGCUACACAGGAUAGCGAGAGAGUGGUGAACUUUGCGUAUUUUUUUGUGACAGAAAAUCUUCUUUCAUUGAAAAGUCAUUACGCGCGUUUCAAAGCUUGUACUUUCGUUUAUUAACCCUGUAAGUUUCGUUUGGAAAUCGGUAAAAUUAAAAACGUUCCAAUCGUUCUCGUAAUACGAGUUUUCGAGGAUAGCUUUCGCAGUAAUCAGCGUAACUUCGUUAUUUAUAUCCGAAUGAAACAAACGAAACAGGUUACAAAAUUCUGUUGCAAAUUCACGCAUGUCGGACACACACCGGGGCCAAUUAGUUUUUGAAAAGAAAGGAAAACUUGGUUCGAAAUUUAGUACACAUUAAUAUGCGUUGGUUUCGCUUUAUACGUUCGAGUUGGUUCAUUGCAAAAUCAUGCAAUCGGACAUUAUUACAUUCGCAUCCAUGGGGUAUCGGUGCCGUUAAAAUGUUGGCUUGGCAAACCAUUUACAAAAUUCUUAAUAGCCCAAUUCGCACGUGUGUCGGUCUUUGCUUUGCUUUGUACUCUCGUGUCAAUUAAUCCAAAAAUCAUGAAAUUUGCUACGGCGACUGUCACGCAUAGGCCACCGGAGCCAAUUAGUUUUUGAAAAGAAAGCAAAACGGGUUGCAAAAUUCUGCCAUCGAAGAAUAUACGGGCUUCUCGGACAUCCGUUAGCCAAACGAAAGCCAAUCGAAAACCUAGUCAACAAUGGCAAUCGCAGAUAACAUGGAGGCGAAAAGAAGUUGCAGCGAUGUUUUCAGCGCGACGAACGAGGACGGAGGCGAGGUCCAGCGACCGGAAGAUAACUCCAAUUUAAACGUAGAAGGGAAUCCCCUAUUGGAACCCGAUCGAAAGUUCACAUCGGUGAUAAUCGACGCUUCGGUCGCCAAAUUGAAGAGGACGGACAAGGACGAGGACGAUCACGCAUCGAUGAAUAACUUAAGAAAGGAUACGGAAACCGAUGAACGAAACGUCGUUACUCCGCCGGAUGGCGGUCUACGAGCAUGGAUGAUCAUGAUCGGUAGUUUCGUUAUCAACGGUGUACUGUUUAGUGUCAUUAAUUCGUACUCGUUGAUCUAUCUGGAGCUGCAAAAGCGACUGUUAGAAUCCGGCGACAGCUCGGCGUCCGCGAAAGCGGCUUUGGUGGGAUCGCUAACUAUCGGCACUACGUUCUUUUUGUCGCCGAUCUCUGGGAUACUCACCGAUAAAAUUGGGAUCCAGAUGACAACUUUUCUGGGUGGCGCAUUAGCGUCCAGUGGUAUGCUUCUCUCAUCAAUAUUUUCUAGCGAGGUGGCAUUACUCUACUUGACCUACGGAGUUAUGUACGGACUCGGUGCAAGUCUCGCCUACACACCGAGUUUAGCGAUUUUGGGACAUUAUUUUAAGAGGUAUUUGGGUUUGGUCAAUGGAAUCGUCACUACUGGAAGUUCCAUAUUCACUACCCUCAUGCCAUACUUUAUGGAGGUCCUACUACGUCGUUUCGGAUUGGACAUCACCUUGAGAUGCUUGGCUGUCCUCACCGCGGUCAUCAUGGCGUGCGCGGUACUCUUUAAACCGAUUCCACUCAACUCCGACCCUCGGGAUCAAUUAAAGUCCAAAACAAACUUUCAAUCCUGCUUGAAGGAAGUCGUCAACGUCUCCAUUUGGAGGAAGAAACGAUACGUAGUUUGGGCUAGCUCUAUUCCCCUUGCUCUGUUCGGGUAUUUCGUACCGUAUGUUCAUAUAGGGAAAUUUGUUCAGAAGGUAUUUCAAGGCGACGAAAAGCUUCCGAUUAUGUGCAUCGGCAUCACUUCCGGCAUUGGUCGGUUAGUUUUCGGUUAUAUCGCCGACUUGCCUAGAGUGAACAGAAUAUUGUUGCAACAGAUAUCGUUCGUUAGUAUUGGCAUUCUCACGAUGCUCCUUCCUAUUACCCCUUCGUUCACCGUGUUAUUAGUCAUAAGUCUGGCUAUGGGAUUGUUCGAUGGAUGCUUUAUAUCUCUUCUGGGACCGAUUGCCUUUGAUAUAUGCGGUCGAGAAGGAGCAACCCAGGCCAUUGGGUUCUUGUUGGGCAUGUGUUCCAUACCGUUGACCGUGGGCCCACCGAUUGCUGGUAUUCUCUAUGAUCUCACCGGUAGCUAUGAUCUGCCAUUCUUCCUAGCUGGCAUUCCGCCAAUAGUAGGGGGACUUACGAUGUUCCUAAUAAAGUUCGUUAAAGACGAAGACCAUGACUCUGUCAGAGAGAACUCGGAAAAUAAGGCAGCUUGUCAGAAUGGUUGCUCGAGCAUCGACUUUCUGCCUCAGUGCUUCGUGGCUACUCUUAAACACAUGUGCGACUCACAGGAGCAACCGAGCUGGCAGACGAUGCGUCGAAACGUGUGCAAUCACCGUCAAAGAUGCUGCGGAUUUAGGGAAGUCAACGUGUGCGAGGUACACGGGACGAAGUGUCUUGAUCGUCACCGAUAUUCGGAGAGCGUGCCAUUAUUGUACGAUGAGAGCCAAUCGCUCAGACUGAACGGUGACUUCCAAAGGACGGCUAAGUCGUCGAUGUUGCUCACCUUCUAGUUUAUGCACAAACGUAACUUCGAAUAAAUUGCAACGGUGGUAUUUUUUAUUGCCAAUGCUUUGAAACGCAACGAAGGGUUCUCAUCUUGCAGACGAUGUUCGUAUUCGUCAAACAUCAAAUCGAAAAAGAAUAAAAAAAAAGGAUAAAA